GAGGAGGAGAGAGGCAGAGACUGAGUGGGGAAGGCAGCAGCUGGAGGUCCAAGUGCAGGAUGUCUGCCAGGCAGUGAACGCAACUCUGUCCCUGUACAAUGAGAGUGUGGGUCCUGGAGUCUCCCCAUGUCCUGUGGACAGUGUGAAGGCAGCACGGAUACAGCAGAAGCCCCUGGACCACAGCUCCAGUGUCAGGGCUGUGCUCCUGGAGGGGCCAAUGCCAGGGAGGCCCCCAGGGAGCCCAAAGGUGAAGGCCAUGCUACGAGAACUGGGGGAGUUGUGGGAGGACCUGCAGAGGAAGCACCAGGAGAAUGGUGUUGUGCUGCGAGAAUCGAUAAGGCACUGAGGCUGGUGGGGGAGCUGGACCAGGCUGAGCGGUGGCUGCAAGCUGUGUCAGGGUCGCUCUCAGAGCCAGCCGCCAUGAGAAGCCCGGCGGAGCUGCGCCAGGACCUGGAAGAGAUGGGCCAGCUGGAGAAGCAGCUCCUGACGUGUGGCCUCAAGCUGCAGGCACUGCGGGAGGAAGCAGCAGGCGAGUCGCCCACUGAGCACGAGGGGGCAAGGAAGAUGCAGAGGAAAGUGGAGAUGGUGGAGGAGAAGUUGGCACAUGUGCAGGCAGCCCUGCGGCGCCGGGCAGCAGAUCUGCGGGACUCCCUGGUGCUGUCUGAGUUUCUGCAGGACCUACAAGAGGAGGAGGCACAGAACCAGCAGGGACCUGCAGCGCCAGGGAGCAGGUGUUGCAGCUUGCAGGGGUCUUUCCCCCUACUGUCAGCCCAGGCUGAGCAGCCUCCGAGCAGUGAGGACAUGAGCAGCCCCUUGGGAGAGUUGCAGGAGGCUGUGGAGAUGCUGAAUGAUGCAGCGAAGGAGCGGGAGCGAGUCAUGGAGGUGGCAGCGGAGAUGGAGAGCCUGGAGCAUCUGGUGGCAGAGGUAUCUCCGCAGCUGGAGGCCCUUCGAUGCAGAGCCAAGGUGUUGGCUCAAGACAUUGCUCGAGCAGAGAGCGGCUUCACCACGGUGAAGAGCGAGAAGGACCUCCAGGGGCUGCAGGGCUUGCUGAGCCGCCAGCAGGAGAUGGAGCAUGCAGUGUCAGAGACUCUGCAGGGACAGUUGGAGGAGCUGGAGAGGGCAGCUGCCCGCUUGCAAGAGUUGUGCCCCACUCAGCAGUGCCCCACCAGCCGGCAGGUGCAGGAGACGCUGUGGGCGUGGGCAGGGCUGCGAGAGCUGCUGUGGGAGACCCGGACCCGAGUGCAACAGGCCAGCCGGCUGUGGCACUUCUUCAAGGAUUAUUUAGCCAUGAUCUCCUGGACAGAGGACACACGGGCUCAGAUCUUCUCUGAAAGCCCAAGCAGCCCCAGCCUCCCAAAAACUCCAUGUGAAGAACUGGAGAGGAGGAUCGAAGAGAAACUCAAGGAGUUUGAGGCACUGGCAGCAUCAGGGCAGCAGCUGGUGUCUGAGGAGCACUACCUGAGUGCAACAAUAAAGGAGCGCUUGGAGGAGCUGCAGAGCAUGCUGGGCUGGGUGCUGGUGCGCUGGCGAGCACAGAGGCACCAGCAGGACCUGGAGAGCAAGCAGGAGGACAGGAGGGACCCAGAGAGCCCCUCAAGCACAUCCCUUACCAGCCAAGAGCAGCACAUCUCAUGUGCACUGUCCCAUCUGGAAAGCGUCCACAGCCCAGUGGAGUUCAUGCCCUGCUCCCUCCUUGAGCCUGUGCAAAGUUCAGAACCAUGGCUGCCAGGGGAAACAGCCAUCUCCACACUGGCAUCACCCCUCUCAGAAGCCCCAUCAAGAGUGGAGCAGAGCUGGGGAACACCCAACAGCAAAACACCUCAUGGUGCAGGACCCCCCAAGGAGCCUGUCACCUGGGAUCCUGCUGAGACCUCCACACUGCUGCUGCCACCACGGGGCCCUGGGGGGACGGUCAACCUCAUCCUCAGCGUUGGCAAGAAGGGUGAGAAGAAGAAGGCACAGCCACUGGCCGGCGGCGAGCGGCCAGGGGAGGAGGCACUGCGGACGCUCCCCGCCACUAAACCCUCAGGCUGUAAAACCUUUUGGAAGCGUUGCCAGGGGCUUUUAGGAAACACUUGGGGUAGUUUAAAGCGAAAGAGAAAGCCACCUCACCAGCCAAUGGAAGAGGUGCAGGUGGAGGCCAGGAAAACCUCCACCUCAAAGCAGCCACCCGCUGUCAUCCACCGCCCUCCAGCAUCCGGCAGUGGGAUGCCAGCUGUCUCCCACACCAUGCCUAAGGCUGGGGCUGGCUCCCUCUUCAACAGCCUGCAGCGGCGGGAGCAGGCAAGGGCAGAGCAGGCCCAGCUGCUGACGCUCCAGGGCAUCAUGGGCAAAAGCUCCCUGCGGCCCACACCCGAGGAGCACCAUGGCCCCAGCAACACGUUGGCCUCAGAAAUGUGGUCGGAGGAAGGGGGGGCUGGGGGCAGCUGCUGCUGGACCCCAGCUUGGAGAGCUGCUGCUCUAUGUCAGGAACCCACUGGUGCAGGACAUUGAUGCCGAAUGUGGGGCAGCCCCCCAGGAGCCCUGCCUCUCUGACCCGAAAACCACAUGUCCCCACCUUUCCCUGGGCUCAGUUCUCAGCCUGGAGCUGCCUCGGGAUGCAAUGGUCCUGGGGUGCCACCAAAGGGCUACAGCAUGGCAGCAGAAGGCAGAGGGGCAAGAGCAGAGGCAGACUGGGGGGAUGAGGCCAAGGGAGCCCACAGGCACACAUGGGGUUGGAUGGCAGAAGGAGGUAGAUAUGGAUGGGUGCAGUCCCCAGGGACCCAGCAAGAGUUUGGGGACAUCCCCCAAGACUGAGCGAGGAACGUGGUUUGAGGAAGUGAGCUUCAACCCCAGCUACAGCCAGCACAGGGCAUACCGUGCUGGGGAGGAGCACCAGAUCCUGCAGCACUCUGGCAGCAUUGGUAAAGACCUCCCGGACUUGAGGCCAAGCCAGCCAUCCCACGUCGGCAUGCAGCAUGAGUGGGUCGGUCGAGAGGGGGAUGAGCUGGCCACCCAGCUUGGCCAGGAUGGCAGCCCCAGUGCCACUGGCAGGGCCAGGCAUCGCAAAGCCACUCGGCUGGAGCUUGGAUCAUCCCUGUGAGAACCCCAGGCAGGGCAGGAGCCAUCCCUGGCCCUGCUUCCACACCACAGCCAGCCAGCAGCAGCCAGCCCAGAAGGUCCUCGGCUUCCCCCACCGCCCCUACCCAGCCCUCUGUCUUUGAGUGGGCACUGGCCUCUUCACAGCCUCACAGCCCUGUGCUGGGCACUGAGGAAGUUUGCCACCCUGCCCAUGGCCAGUUUGAGGAAGAGGAGGAGGAGCUGCAGGCCAUCUGGGAUGGGGCAGAUGAGCAACGGACACAGAGCCCACCAGGAGGGCAGCUGUGCCAGCCAGCAGACAGGGAGCAGGACAGGCAGCUUGCCCAGCCCCAACACCACUGUUGGUGGGCCCCUCAUCCUCUCAUCAGCCACAACGUGCUAGUGGCCCAAUUCACCCUUCCCACCACUGCCCGGCUGCUCCACAGCCGAUCAGGAGAGAAGAGCCCCAAAGUGGUGCACAGUGGCAGUGGCAGUCCCAGUGGGCUCAGGGUUUCCCCCAACUUGGAGAAGCUGGUGUCUGCAGUCCCCUUGGAUGGCUCCAGUGCCUGGGAUCGGCGGAAGCAUGGGCAAGAAGAAAGAGAGAGCAGCAAUGUUCUUCCGGGUAAAAUGGAGUUUCAGAUGAUGGAGGGGACACUGGAAAGGAAGCACGUAUUGCAGACAGGAGGGAGAAAGGCCAGCUGCCGAGCCUGGGGCCUCUUCCAUGCUGUGCUGAUGAGGCAGACACUGUGCUUCUACCAGGACCGCAGGGACAGCCUCAAG